AUGGAGACUACCGAACAGCUCGACGAGGACAUUAGCCAUCUUCAUACCCGACUAGCGACGCUCCAUGCCCACCGUGCGAACCUAUCCUCCGUCCUGCUGUCGCAACCCCACCUCGCAGCGCGCCUCCAAAGCACCAACACAAACAACAAACCCGCGAAUGAUGCCAAUGAUGUCAUCACACGGCAGUCAAAACGCAACCUCGAGAACAUCUACCGCGCCUGCGCCGGCGUGACUGCAUACAAAGUCAAAGACCCCGAUCCGCAUGCGCUGAACGACGGCAACAUCCUUGGCGUCAGCAUAGACGUAGCACUGGGAGGCAGGUUCGUCGAGACGUACCAUGUCUUGCUCAGCGUCAAGCAAAAACAUGACAAGAGAAUCAUGAAGAUACACAAGCACACCAUUCCACCAUGUAUACCUCUGCAGCACCUGUCGGACAAGUGGCUACCUGCGAGCGGCAAAGACGAAGAGAACGAUCCAGAGCAAGACCUCGUGCGAUUCGGAAGACUGCUGAGGAAGGAACUCGUGAGCUGGCACCUGCGCGCCAACGCGGUGGAAGAACUACGGAAGGAUGCUGGUCUGGCACAACCGAAAGAGAAUAGCGAGAACGACGGUUUCGCAUCCACUGGAAAGAUUUUAAACGCUUUUGUAAGCGAAGACGAGGCCAGUUCAGAUAUCGAGCAAGACGAUGCCGAAUUCGGGAGCGCCCGCAUAUUGGACAUCGAAGCGGAUGCGGCGAUUAGGCAGGUUACCAUUCUCUGGUCCGACAGACGGACAGCAGUCAUGACCGUUACCAAAGAUGGCAGGGUCGAGAGAGCUGUGUGUAGAACAAGAGAUGGGGCGAGAGAUGCCGUCUUGAGCAGAAAGGCCGUGGGGCCUCUAAAUGGCUUGGUCCGGAGACUACGGGCAUGA